GUUACCACGGCGGUCUGAAGAAUAAGAACGAAAUGUGUACGGCUCCGUUGCACUAAGAAAUUUUUAACCAUUUUGAACACGUCGACAAAUCAAAUUAUUAUUUUGAUUGGGGAAUUAUGUGAUAUCAAUAAUGGAUUAAGUGAAUAUAAAGGAACCGACAAUGUUGGGAUAUGUUAAAUGAAUAAUUUGGAUUUGAAUAGUGGCUGUUAAUUGUUUAUGUGCACAAAAAGUUGCUCACAAGAUCAAAGUGUUGGAUAUUCUUUUGUUCUAUAGCGCUUUUACGGUGGCCAUAUUUCUGUAAUUUAUUUAUUCAUAGUUCAUCCUGUUGCAUAACCAGUUGUAUUAACUACAAAACAACUUGUUAGUCAUAGUUUAAUGUCUCACAAAAACAUUAAAUAACAAAAUUAUGGUGUUUCCGUUAUUUUAACAUUUACUGUGACCGCAAUUUAUUGUGAAAAAAAUUUAGCUGAAAAAUGUUAAACACAAACAAUGACCAAAAGUCUUGAGUGUCGUACAGUCAUUGUGUGAAUAUUGGCUGGUAAAACGGUGUAAUUAACAGAAAUUGCUUAUGUAUACGGUGUGAAAAUGAUAAUUAUUAACGAAUGUUUUGAUUAGUAAUAGUCUUUAAUUCAGCUAAUUAGUUAAAAUGAAGUUCAACUUAUAUUUGACCAUAUUGUCCGUUCUACUUCCGAUUGCACAAUGUCAAAUUAUAAAUCGUGCACCACAAUUUGUCCCUGGAUCGGGAGAUAUGGCUAGAUUUAGCCUUUCUGAAAAUACACCAGUUGGAAGCCCGAUAUACCAAUUGAGAGGUGUCGAUCCUGAAGGUGGAUCAUUGCACUAUAGCAUAUCGGGACCGGUAUUUAGCGUUGACCGAGACACAGGUGUUGUGAGACUGCGGCAACAAUUAGACAGAGAGACACAAGAUCUGGUUGAAGUAAUUAUAAGUAUAACGGAUGAAGGCGUUCUUGGAACCGAGCCGAAUACAGUGUCACUACGACGAGAGAUUCCCAUUCGCGAUUUUAAUGAUAAUUCACCAGUAUUCCACGGUCGUCCUUAUACAGCUAGUAUAAGUGAGUCAACGAAUCUUCAAACCGAAAUAGCAGUUAAUCCGAAGAUAAUCGUUACUGAUCGUGAUGAGGGACAAAAUUCGGACGUAAAUCUUUCGUGUUUCAACGAUGGCAAUAAAGACUCCGAUAUUUGCGAUACGUUUCAUGUGGCAACGGAAAAGAUAGCUGAAGGAAAUUUUACAACGGUUAUCACUUUACUCAAGCCACUUGAUUUUGAGACCCGACCGUCAUAUCUAUUAACUAUAAUGGCGAAAGAUGGAGCAGCAACGAAUGCAUUGAGUGCUUUUGCUACGGUUUCAAUUAAUGUGAUCGAUGUUCAAGAUCAGCCGCCAAUUUUCUUACAAGCACCAUAUUCUGUAACUAUCGCUGAAAACACUCCAGAGGAUACAUCCGUAUUAACCAUAUCAGCAACUGACGGAGACACUGGUAAUCCGAGACCAAUUUUAUUGACAUUAGAAAAUGAAGUGAAAGGACAUUUCAAGUUGGAAACGAUCGGGAAACCGGGCGAAGGAAAAGCUGUUCUUUAUACAACCGAUAUUCCAACUGAUCGCGAAGAUCCAGACGUCUUGCAAAAUGGUGGCGUGUACACAUUUACAGUGAAAGCCACCGAAAUGAUCAACAAUGAGCUACCUGGUGAUUUUGCACUGACACAAGUGACUGUCGUCCUUACGGAUGUCGAUGAUAAUCUUCCUGAAUUCAAUCAAAUGAACUUUGAAAUCGGAGUUCCCGAGAAUCUUGAGAAUGACACACCUUUACCGGGAUUAUCAAUGUACGUUCUGGAUAGAGACUUAGGUGUCAAUAGUCGAUAUAAUUUGUCAUUGAAAAAUGUCUUAAAUGCCGAAAAUGUUUUUGCUGUGAGUCCAACUUAUGGUGAGGGGAGAACGCCCAUAGUGGUCAAAGUGGUCGAUUCAAAUAAAUUGGACUAUGACGUGCAGGAUGAAGAGUUGAGAACAUUGAUAUUUGAUGUGAUUGCUUCUGUAAAUAACCGAGAAUUGGCCAUGUCGCGAAUAGUUGUUCAUCUUCAAGAUGCCAAUGAUAAUGCUCCAGUAUUUAGACAUCACACGUAUCGUCCUAAGGUGAAAGAAAACUCUGAGAUUGGAACUAAAAUAGCGGAUAUCAUUGCUACUGAUGCGGACGGAGGAAAAUUUGGUCAAGUAAAUUACAUGUUGAGAGGGUUCGGUGUGGAAUACUUCUCAACUGAUAAAUUCACGGGAGGGCUCUACGUAAAAAAGAAUUUGGAUUACGAGCAACAACGCAGCUAUAGCUUAUCCAUAGUUGCUGUUGAUGGGGGAGGGCAAGAAACGAAUGCCAAUUUGUACGUUGAUGUGCUUGACUUAAAUGACAAUGCUCCCCAGUUUGAAAGCUUGGAAUACACAAGAACGAUUCGUGAAGGAGCUACCGAAUUCGAGCCACAAUUUUUCGUCAGAGCCGUUGAUGAGGAUGGUCCAACUCAGGGUGACGGAAAGAUUUUGUAUUCGAUUGAAUCGGAAAACAGUAUUUCUGGGCAAGUGUUUGCGGUUAAUCCCGAUAGUGGGGAAAUACAAAUUGUCUCAUCUGUAAGCUCCAUGGACACGGAAAGAGGACAAUAUGAACUAGUAGUUGCAGCCACCGACUACGGAACACCACCUUUGAAGAAUACCACCAGAGUAUUGAUUCGUGUCGGUAUAUCGGGUAAUCAAAGACCAGUAUUCAAAGGGCACUUCGACGCUAGUGAAAAGGGUCACAAGCCAGGCCCACCGAAGUACAAAGUUUCGAUACCGGAAAUAGCUCCAGCUGGUUACAAUGUGACAACAGUUACGGCAACAGAUCCAGAUGGUUUGGAUUCGUUAUUGACAUACAGGAUCGUUGGUGCAAAUGACAAUUUUUUGAUAAAUGAGAAAACUGGAUUAGUAACAGUGGCCGGUGUAGCUCGGUUAGACAGAGAUACAAAUCCGAAAAGUUACUCAGUCGUGAUCAAUGCAGUCGAUGCUGGAUUUCCCAUACCCGAAACUGCUACUACUACACUAACAGUCAAUAUCGAUGACGUCAAUGACAAGCCUCCAAAAUUCACCCAACAAUCAUAUACGGUAUAUGUAUCAGAGAUCACUCCUAUACACACCCAAGUGUUAACUGUGAGCGCAACAGACACCGAUGUCACCUCCAAUUUGUCUUACUCUAUCAUUGAACCGAUAAAAGCUGCUUCGAAGACCGGCAUACAAUUAACAUCCACCACUCCGUACGAUUAUCGAUCAAGUUUUGCCAUAAAUUCUGUGAAUGGUUCAAUAACCGUUCGCAAUGCUCUCAAUCAUGAUCUAGCGGCGGUAAUUCGUCUAACCAUAAAGGCAGUUGACCUUAACGCUGUGUACAAUAAAGAAGAACAGUUUGAUACAGCCGAGGUUACCAUUUAUAUCCAGUCGUUCAAGGAUACAAAUCCCAUUUUCAAAAAUAAAGGAUGGACGAGCAGUUUGCCGGUGGUUAAUGUUAAGGUCAAGGAAGAGAUGCCUAUUGGGAUGGUACUGUUCCAACUGAUGGCCGAAGAUCCUGUUAAUAGUCAUAAAAUACAAAGUUUCGAAAUGGUACAAGAAGAUCCGUUAGGAGUUUUCCAGUUGAACGACAGAACGGGAGAGAUUAUGCUGAAGAAACGCUUAGACUAUGAAGAGUUAGCGUCGCCGACGAUUGAAUUUUCUGUGAAGGCUCGAUCGAACGAAGGUCGGGCAACAGUAACGAAUGUUAACGUUACCGUUGAAAAUGUGAACGAUAAUUCGCCAGAAUUCGAUAAGAAAUCCUAUCGGGCUACGGUCAUGGAAACUGCACAAUAUCCAUCAGAAAUACUAACUGUGCAUGCUAACGACAAAGAUGCCGAAUUGACGGAUUACGAUAAGAAAAUUGGAUUCCACUCGGUAUCGUAUCAUCUAAUCGGAUCUAACACUGGAAGUUUCACCAUUGACAAUACCACCGGAUUGAUACAAAUUGCCCCAGGCCAAAUGCUCGAUAGAGAAAAGCAAUCGAAAAUUGUUCUAACCGUGUCAGCAGAAGAUGCUCCUGGCAAACCGUCAGAAAAGCGUAAAACAACAACAGAAGUUAUCAUUGACGUGUUGGAUGUGAACGACAAUCCCCCGAUAUUUUCACAAAAGUCCUACUCAGCAGUGACUCCCGAAAAUGCCGAUCUCAACACAUUAGUCGCUAAUUUGUCAGCUUCAGAUCCAGAUGAAGGGCCUGGCGGUGAGAUUCGGUUUGAAAUGUUGGACGAGGGAGACGCUAAUGGACUGUUUAAAAUAAACGUUAACACCGGCGAGAUUCGAACAAAGAAAUCGCUUACCGGUAAAGGUCGAUCAGAGCCGUACGAGUUGACCAUUAGAGCACAAGACAAUGGCGAUCAAGUGGCAAAGCAAAAAUCUCUUUACACAGACGUGUCACUGGUGGUAUUUAUUGGAGAUGUGAGCUCGAAUGACGGGAUACCGGUGUUCGUAUCGCCCAAAGUGGGGCAAAUCGCCAACAUCAGUGAGAAUGCAACCAUUGGUUCGCCAGUGUUCCAAGUGCUAGCAACAGACCCUGAUAAUCCAAUGACACCGAGUGGUACACUGCGAUACAAAAUUCAGGAUGACAUUGAAGAUGCAAAUACAUUCAGAAUCGAUCCAAUUACUGGUCUAAUAAUUACAGUUAAGUCAUUGGACAGAGAGACUAAAUCGUCGUACAAUAUGAUCUUAGAAGUAUCCGACAAUGGGGAACCACCACAAGCUUCGACAAGAGUUCUUCGCAUAAACGUACUCGAUGUUGACGAUCACAAACCGCGAUUUAUACGAGAAAUUGAUUCACAGCCCAUCGAAAUUGAAAUUAAAGAAGAGCAGCCGGUUGGCACAUAUGUUGGAACCAUUUCGGCUAUUGAUGAAGACAUAGAGGAAAAUGGGGCUAUUGACUACAUGUUCAUUGAUGGAAAUCAAGAGGAAAUUUUCAACAUUCAACGAACUGUUAAUAAUUCGGCUGUUAUUACAACCUUGAAGAAAUUGGAUCGAGAGACUACGUCUUCCUAUCUACUAACUGUAAAAUGUUUCCAAUACGGUGUGAAGACGAAUCACAUUUCGAGAGGUCUGUACAAUAGCUACGAUCCAUCUGAGAUACAGAUCAACAUUAAAGUUCUGGAUAUGGAUGAUCAUUUGCCAAAGUUCGAUACAAUGGAACCGGUAAUUGGUGUGCGACUGAAUAUUCCAAUAGAUCACUCGAUUUCAAUUACACAAGCCACUGACGAAGAUCCAGACGCACUACCAAUCGACUAUUCAAUUCACGAAAUUGAAUUUAUUCCGCAAUUCUACAGACGAGACAACUCUACACCAGAAAAUUUAUUGGAUUACUUCAGCUUGAACAAUUUAACUGGUGAGCUGAGGACCAGAAAAAGUCUUUCGGAUUUUGUCGACGGAUAUUUCAGUAUUGUGAUUAGAGCCAAUAACAGUGCAACGGAAAACAGAUUUUCCGACAAUAAAGUUAAAGUGUUCGUCAUGAGAGAUAAGUCGCUGCUAAGAUUUGUGUUCGCCAAACCGGUGUCAGACAUUCACCCAGUUAUCGAUGUAUUUGCCAAUGAGAUUCAGUCAAAAUUGAAAAUGUCCGACUUGGAAUUGUAUAUAUUGGACACUCAGGUGCUGACUAGAUCUGAUCUCAGUUUGGAUUUCAGUUCAACAAGUGCAUGCUUCCAACUAUCAAGACACGGUUCAGCAUUACCACCGCGUGAAAUGCAAACGAUUAUGGAUUCCAACGAUGUACAACAACAGCUCUUAGACAUUUAUGCGAAAUACUCAGUCAGUGUUGUCGAGUCGUGUUCGGUUAAGAAGAAUAUGGCCGUUGCAAGUAUGAUAGCAUCGCCAGGUACAUGGUUGGUCAUAUUAGCCAUUUUCAUAGGAUUAUCUGCAUUCAUAGCAACUUGUACGGCAUGUUGUCUAUCAAAGAAAUACAAACGUAAAUCGAAGAGAUUAAUUCAGUCUCGUGUACCGCCGCCUGAAUCUUAUACAAAUGGAGUACCUGUUGUUUAUGCUGAACCUGUGUAUGGGCCAUUAUAAAAUUGUCAUUCCAAUUAAUGAAAAUGUGAUAUUCGAUUGUGCGCAAAAGGAAGAUGAUGAAAGGAAUUAUGUUUAAGUUCGUUUUGUUUAAGUUGUGUUAAAUGUGUUGUUAAUGAGGGCGCCACACAAAAAAGCCAUUAUUAUUUAAGCGAGACCAUUUUAAUGUAUUUAUUUAUAAAAAUAUUUUUUUUUAGUAAUUGCAAUAAAACAUAAAUUGAAAGAAAAAUUAAU